AUGAGUGUCUUCAAAAUUUUAUCAAGUUUCUUUGGUUUUAGAAAUGUAGAAAAAGAAAAAGAAGUUUCAGAUAAUAGCGAGUUUAUAAAAACAUCAGAUCUAUUUGAACAAACAUAUUAUCACUUUUAUAAUAAUAUUUUUUUCAUUGAUGAUGUUUUUCAAGAGUUAUCAAAAGAAGAAUCAUUUGGAACAAAGAAACAAUUUUUUUUUAAUUUAAUUACUCUUAAAAGACACCUUUUAUUAGAAGAGUUAAACGGUGACGCAGUUAUCGAAUUAUUAUCAAAUAUUUUAGAUCAUUUUAAAUUUAAAAAUAAUAUACCAUCAUUAAAAUUGUUUAUUCAUGAAGUUUACAAUUACUUAUAUUUCAACAAAAGUAUUCCUUUUAGCGAAGGAAUUUUUAAAUCUAUUCUCGAUGGUUAUUUUGAUAGUUUUAUUUACGACUGCUUGGUAGAGUUUAAUAGAAAUGUUCAUAAAGGAAAAGAGGCUUAUGGAGGAGAUUCAAAUGCAAAUCAACUUGAUAAUAUAUUUAAACAAUUUCAAGCUUUUUGUGAUGCUAUUAAAAGAGAGUUACCAGAACCAUUAAUCACCAGGGUAUCAAGAAUUAAAAAUAGAAAUGGGUUAAACUUUGGUGAUAUUGAUGUUUAUUUUUUCGAUAUACCAUCAAAAAUUUUCUUUUAUGUUGAUGAUGGCAAUCAAAAAAAAUUAAUUAGAAAUGAACUAAUAAAUUCGAAAAAUAAUGAAAAUAAUAGAAACGAAGACAAUGACGAUCAAAGUGAAAAUGGAGGCAAUUCUAUUCAUAUCGAUAGUGACGAGGAGCCCAGAGAUAAAUCACCAACUCAACAAUCAUCAGGAUGGGUAAAUAAAAAAAAACCAACUACAACAACAACCACAUCAUCAACAUCAACAUCAACAUCUACUAAAGUAUCAUCAAAAUCAGCAAAUAAAAGAAAAGAAGAGCCAGAAUCAGAAUCUGAUAUUGAUUAUAAUGAUGGUUUUGAAAGUGCAUUUCAAGAUGACAAACCAAACAAUGAAUCUGAAUCAAAUGUCGAAUCAGAUUCCGAACCAUCAGGAAGUGAAUCAGAAGACUCAUAUUAUGAAGACGAUUCCGAUUUUUCAGAAAAACUCGAGCCAUCGGGUGCAGGUAAAUGGGACGAAGCUGAGUGUAAUAGAUUGGCAAGAGGCCUAUUAGUAUUUGGACCAAGAUGGACCAAAAUUUCAAAUACAUUCCUUAGAGGUAUAAGAAGUGAAACCCAAAUCAAAGACAAAUUAAAGUCAAGGAGCCAUGAAACUUUUAUAAAGGAAUACCUAACCCCUAGUCAAACUAAAAAGUGUCUUAAACUUAAAAGUAAACUUGAUAAUCAAAAAAAUUUGAAGUCGAAAAAUAAGGAUGAAAUACUUAAAAAAAAGAACAGAGAAAAAAAAAGAAGAUCAAGAGAGAACAUAAAGAAAAGAAAAGAAGAAGAGUUAGCUAAAGAAGAAAGAAAGAAGAAAGAAAGUGAAAAUGAAAAGAAGAGAAGAGAAGAAAGAAAGAAAAGAGAAAGAGAAAGAGAAAGAGAGGAAGAAUCAAGUGAUGAAAAUGCAGAAGAUGAAAGUAAUGAUGACGAAGAAGACAUUAUUAAAAGUGAUGAGGAUGUAAUGAUAUCAAAAAGAAAAGAAAAAAAAAGAAAAGUAGAAACAAGUGAUAAAGAAAAAAGAAAAAAAAAAAAGCAUAAAAAGUCAAAUGAAUCUGAUAUUGAAACUGAUGAAUCUGACCAAGAGGAAGAUCAAGAGGAAUAUAUAAAUAAAAAGAAGCAUGACAAAAAAAAGAAACAUAGAAAGAGUAAAAAAAAUGAAGACGUAAUUUCCAUAUCAGAUAGCGAAGAAACCAACAAUAGCGAAGAAACCAACGAUAGCGAAACAGAUUAUGAAAAAUCAUCAAAAAAGAAAUCAAAAAAAAAUAAAUAA